AUAGAGAUUGAUGGUAGUUUGAAUGGAGAUAGAGAAGCUGUGGGAGGAGGUAAGGGAGCUGAGCCUUGGCACCUACUCCCAGGUGGAACGCCUGGAAUCACCCCCUUCACCACUUCGAUUCCUCAGAGAUUUCGUCUCACCCAACAAACCCUGCAUCAUCUCCAAUGCCACUCUCAACUGGCCAGCCCUCUCCUCUUGGACCCACCCCUCCUAUCUCUCCGAUGCCCUCUCUUCCUCCACUGUCUCCGUCCACCUCACCCCGAAUGGCCGUGCAGACGCCCUUGUUCCCAACCCCGACGACCCUUCUUCUCCCUGCUUCGCUUCCGCCCAUGUCCAGCGCAUGCUCUUCUCUGCCGCUCUCAAUCUCAUCUCUUCUUCUUCAAUUUCCGAUUCAUGCGUCGCAUAUGCUCAGCAGCAGAACGAUUGCUUCCACUCAGAAUAUUCUGCUCUUGCUUCCGAUGUCGAUUCCCAUAUCUCCUGGGCCACAGAAGCUCUUGGCUACCUCCCUGAUGCUGUCAAUCUCUGGAUAGGUAACCAUCUCUCUGAGACAUCAUUCCACAAGGACCACUACGAGAAUCUCUAUGCCGUCAUCUCCGGCGAGAAGCAUUUUCUCCUCCUUCCCCCCACCGACGUCCACCGCAUGUACGUACGCGACUACCCCGCCGCACACUAUUCCUAUUCACAGGAUACCGGUGAGUUCACAUUGGAACUUGAGAAGCCUUUGAGAUACGUGCCUUGGUGUAGUGUGAACCCUUACCCGUCUUCUGGCGAUAGAGAUAGAGAAUUGACGUCCUUCUCGCUGUAUUUCAAUGGACCGAAGCCAUUUGAGUGCACCGUUAAGCCCGGGGAGGUUCUUUACUUGCCAAGUAUGUGGUUUCAUCAUGUUAGACAGAGUCCAGAUGACAGAGGACUUGCCAUUGCAAUAAACUAUUGGUAUGAUAUGCAGUUCGAUAUCAAGUAUGCAUACUUCAACUUCUUACAAUCAACUCAUUGUCCAUCAUCCAAUUUUUUGCUGGAGCCAAGGACUCUGAAGGAUUCUAACAUCAGUAAACCAACCACUUCUGAAGAUGAUGCUGCAAAACAGGACCUUAGUUGCAGGUAUUUAUCAGCAACUCACCACGAGAUUCCUCCGGCUACAAAAAUCGAACUUGAUGAUGCUUCAGAAGUAGCAGAUGUUAAAGAAUAUUUGGGCGACUAUGACUAUAAUGUGGAGUUGGUUUGCAAAGUGAUUUGCAAGGCUACAGGUCAUUCAGAGCAGAUUUAGAUAAGCUGGGGAACAUAUGAUGGAUUUGGG